GGCCUCGGGUGGCUCUUGCAAAUGCAAGGCCGCGUCAACGUGCGCUGGGCGUGCAGCUCGAUCUUGCGCAUGAACACGAUCUUACUCUGGAUGGUGACGGCGUACUACACGAUGCUGCAAUGGCUCUUUGCAAAGCAGAGCCGCAUCUGCCUCGUCGCGGUCUGCCUCUCCAAGAACGUGCUGGGCAUCACCGUGCUCCUGGUCACGAUCUGGGGCAAUGCGAAUUUGCAGACGCUCACCACGUACUUUGUGCAAAAUCCGAUCGCGUCGACAAAGACAAUCAUUUUGGCGGUUUGUGGGCCGGCGCUCGUCGCGUCGAUCGUGGGCAUCAUGACCGGGCCGCUCAUACAGCUUUGCUUUACGCCUCGUGUCGUGACCCAGACGUGGCUGCUCACGCUCUUCACAUUGCUCAACUGGGGUCUCGUCUUUGGCCUUGAAACCAUCGUGUUCCCCUACAUGAACUUGAGUGUGCCCGGACCAUGCGGCUUUGCGUCGUCGACCAACUGCAUCCAUUUGACAGCGAUUCCGCACACGUACUACCUCUCGGCCGUCGUCGGGGGCGCCGUUGUCGUAGUGGCUGUCGGCACGAUACGGAUCCACGCUUGCUGCUUCCGCGACUCGCUGCGGGUGCCCCCGACGCACUCGAUGCUGCAGUACCUCGGCAUUCAAGACCUGCGCGAGAUCGCCACGUCGGGCCGUGGCUGCGUCGUUCGCAACUUUGAUGGAGACGUUGUCGUCGACUCGGGCAUUCUAGUGAUGAAAAACAUGCUGCGGAUUACGAAUACGUACCUCACGCGCCUCGCCAACGCACAGUAUGAGCUUUUCCACUGGUUCUUACCGCGCCGCAUUCGGUCGGCCUUGGCCCACCGGUUUCGGACCAUUCUCGUUGUACAUAUCGACAAGGACAAGAUCACGCGCCGGUCGUACUACGUGCCGAUGCACAACGUCCACGUCGACGGUGACGAAGUGUGCGCUUUGGGCUUCUCCUAACAAAAUCAAGGGUAUGCAUGACCUUGGUUAUAUAUCUUCGUC